GCGUCAAACAGGACCGAACUGAUCUUCGCUACAUCCUGUAAGUCACCAACAACAAAGCGAUAUUACACCGAGGAAACUCAUAGAGACGAUCGAUAAUCAACCAUUUGGUGCAUUUCUCACUUUAGUGUAUUUAUUUUGAGAUCUUUUAACACGGCCCACAUGCUAAUUGAACCUAUAUAGGCGAAUCUCUUAGAUUUUGUGCAUCUUCUGACAAAGGUAACCCAGUUUUUGACUUUCAAAACUGUUAGGAGAAAAACGGCUCAACUUUGUAACAAAUGUAGCAAAAACGAAAGGGCUUAGUUUUUUCUGCUUCCACACUGAAACUCAGAGAUGGGCGAGUCAAGCCAUUUUUCGAGUCGAGUCGAGUCCGAUACAUUCCGUAACGGCUUCGAGUCGAGUCAAGAUAUUUUUGCCAUUUUUUCGUUUUCUGUUUAUUUUUAUAAAGAAAAUUAACAAGUUUUUCGUGACACAAUAUUUAGUUCCCAGUUCUUAAUCCACGAAAAAAACAAAGUCCUACAUGAAAUGAAAUGACACAAGUACUAUAGAUUUAUCAACAAAACAGGAACAUCAAAAUCAACUAUUCUCUUUUACUCCAUAUUUGAAUCCAAUCAAUAUUAAAUCAGUCGUAAAAGCAUUUUUCUCUCAAUAUCUCAACCAUGAAGUUAAUAUUAAAUUGUUAAAUGCUUUGAAUACAUUUUUAAAAAGUAUCAAUCCAAUUUAUAAUCAAUCCCUGGCAUCAUUUGUUCAAGAUAAAAAUUUUCGAUGGACUGACAAAGAUGUUGUUCAAACUUAUCUGAAUAGUUUGAAAGCAUGGUUAGUUGAAGAUGCUUUAUUAAAGAAGAAAAUGAAGAAAAAAUAUGAAGAAAAUGAAGAUAAUAUAGAAGAUAUCGAAGCUCAUGAUGAAGAUGAUCAACAAAGUAAUGCUCCGAGACGCCAGAAAACGAAAUUCGAAUCUGAUUUUGAAAAUUUUCUCAAAGCUGUUGUUGCUGAUUUAAAAAAUUGGGAUCAAAUUAUCAAACCUCUCAAUGAGCUGAUCAAUAAAAAUCAAGAGUAUAAAGCAAGGUUUGGUUCACCACCAAGUUUCGAUAAGAGUGGAUAUCUUGAUAGUGCAAAAUCAUUCAUUUCACGUUCAUUAAUUGAUAACAAGUCAAUUGAACAAGCACAACAUUUGAUCAAAAUAUAUUAUUUAGCAAAAUCUAUUCUUACUUACAAUCAGAAUCUUUAUAUUUGUAAUGCUAUGAUGUUAAAAGAACAAGGAAAUUUUCCAGAAGAUAUCUGUUUUGUCAAGCAUAAUGAAUUCGAUUCGUUCCUCGAGCAAUACCAAACACAUCCUGUACCAUCUGAUGGUAACGACUGUGAAGUUUAUAUGGUGAAUCAUGGUUUAGCUUGUGCACCAUUUCGAUAUCUUUUAUCGCUUCAUUUAAAUAUAAAAUUAUGUUCCUAUCGAAAAAUUAGUUAUCAAACAUUGAAGAAUAUUGAAAUACUUAAUCCAAUGGCUAAUGAAUGUGAAACAUUAUGGUUACAUGAUGGUAAACAACCAAUUGGUAUUGCUCCUGAUGAAGAUUUUCGAAGAUUAGUUGCUGCUCAAAAGUUAAUGGUAUCGAAGUAUGAAAAGGAUUUAGCUGCUGAAAUGCAAGAUUUCACACGAAUAGAUUAUAAUAAAAAAGAAAAUAUUUCAGCAUGUGCAUCGUAUUUUCCAUCACCACUUCAAAGUGCUGUUAUUGAAUGGAUUGAAAAUUACAUAGCCAUCACACAAGACCAAUCACUUCUUCAUCUUCUUUAUAAUCGAAUUUGGGUUGAUGGUUGCCAUUUUUCAUUAUUUGAACUGCAAUUUAUCUUUGCAUCACUUGCGAGUUUAAAAACAUUGUAUCAUUGUGAUGUCAAUUAUCUUUUCCUACUUGCUAAUUCAGUUUCACAAUCACAACUUGUCGAUGUGUUUUUAUAUGCUAGACUGGAAUAUCAUUUUGGAAAAAGAUUUAGUCCAUCAUCGAAAAUAUUUACUGGUAUCCAGUUGAUACCAAAUACUCGUUACAAAGCUUUAUUAGCAGUUAAACUCAGUGAUUAUCAUUCAACAAUUAAUGAAGAUGAUCUUUAUAAGAUUAUUUUAAUGCUUCAACAUGCAUCGAAUGGAUCUGAGCAGUUGGUGAAGAUUGGUUUAGAUGAAUGGAUUUCUAUCGCUCAAAAACAAAAAUGGAGUGAAAUUGGGUAUUUACUCAAGCAAUAUGGUUCGAUUGGUUAUUAUCUUGGUGUUUUAGAUAGCAAAGAAUUCAAGAAAGAAGAAGAAGAAAUGCGAAAAAUCAUUGAUGAAGCAACAAUUAUUCCAGAAAAACUUAUUGCAUUAUUUACACAAUGGAUUGUCGCAGGAGAAAUUGAUGUUGAUAAGAAAUUGUUAACCCUUUGGCUCCCGGCGACAUAUAAAUACGUCUAG